AUGGAGGAAAUCGACGUGCCUCCGUUCUUCGUGUGCCCUAUUUCCCUCGAACUCAUGAAAGACCCCGUGACAGUCUCCACCGGAAUCACCUACGACCGCCCCAGCAUCGAGAAAUGGCUCUUCGCCUCAAACAACGACACUUGUCCCGUCACCAAGCAGCCUCUCCUCCCGGACCUCACUCCCAACCACACCCUCCGCCGACUCAUCCAAGCCUGGUGCACCGUCAACGCCUCCCACGGCAUCCAGCGAAUCCCAACGCCAAAGCCCCCCGUCGACAAAACCAUCAUCCAAAACCUCCUCAGAGACGCUUCCGACUCCCCCAACCUCCAGCUCCAGUGCCUCCGAACCCUCAAAUCCAUCGCUUCCGAGUCCCAAACCAACAAACGUGCCAUCGAAUCCGCAGGCGCGGUUAAAUUCUUAGCUUCGGUUAUAACCAACACCAUUGCAAUAAACUCGUGUUUAGACGAUGACGUGGAGCUGGAGUUAAAAACAAGCGUAGCGGAUGAAGCAUUGAGCUUAUUACAUAGCAUUCAGUUAUCCCAACCGGGUUUGAAGACUCUACUGAGUCACCCCGAGUUUAUAAACACGUUAACCAAAGUUCUGCAGAGAGGGAUCUACGAGUCACGCGCUUACGCUGUUUUUUUACUCAAGUCCUUGUCAGAAGUGGCGGAUCCGGUGCACUUGAUUAACCUAAAACCGGAACUGUUCGUUGAACUGGUUCAAGUUUUGAAGGACCAGGUUUCGCAGAAGGGUUCGAAAGCCACGCUUCAGACACUGAUUCAGGUGUGUCCGUGGGGCAGGAACAGGGUCAAAGCGGUGGAGGCGGGGGCGGUGCCGGUUAUCGUGGACCUUCUUCUCGAAUGCAGGGAGCGGAAGCCCUGCGAGAUGAUGCUGGUUGUGUUGGAGAUUCUGUGUCAGAGUGCGGAUGGGCGUGCGGGAUUGCUGGCGCACGCGGCGGGGUUGGCGAUCGUGGCCAAGAAGAUUCUCAGAGUGUCCACGAUGGCCAACGAUAGGGCGGCGAAGAUUCUGUUGGCCGUGUGUAGAUUCUCGGCGACGCCCAGCGUGGUGCAGGAGAUGGUGCAGCUGGGGGUGGUGGCAAAGCUGUGCUUGAUGUUGCAGGUGGAUAGUGGGAACAAGGCGAAGGAGAAAGCGAGGGAGAUCCUCAAACUGCACGCCAAAGUGUGGAGGAACUCGCCCUGCAUACCGGGGCACUUGCUUGCUUCGUAUCCCACAAGCGCGUGA